AUGCUUGAAGAUGCUGAGCUACAAUUGGUAGGAUUCUUUAAUGAGCUAUAUGACACAUUUAUCUCCGAAAGACGAUCAUCUUAUAAUAGAAAAGAAGAUAAAAAAAAAGUAGUUAAUAUAUGCUAUUUAAUUGCGGUGAUACGUAAUAGGCUUGUAAAUAACUAUCUGUUAGAAAUCAGAUUAUAUUUAGUAGCAUCAGGUGCAUCUUGCGAUGCAAUUGAUGCAAUGCAUAAGGCAGGUAUUAUAGUUUGUUACAAAACUAUUGAAAACUAUAGGAAAAAGGUUGUUGCUGCGCAUUCAGAAAACAUCCAAAAAUAUUUUGCCGAGAAAUGUAAUUCUGUACCCUCAUAUUUAUUUUGUGAGGAACCUAUAUACACUUUACUUAGGCUGUAA